AUGUCGCAGAUCUCCGACGCCGAUGUUAGUGGCAAACCAGAUACCGUUUCCGUACCCGGUCUAGAGAGCGACAUCCCUUUACUAGAGGACGAAGAACAAAACGAGGCUCACCAACAGUUGCAACAAGAACAACAAGGGGCUGGCCAAGGGAUAACAGAGGCCCAACCAGACGCCGUUGUUGCGGUUCCCCAACAACCCGCGGAGCCCUCAUUACCCGACCAACAACCCGGUCCUGACACAAAAAGUCGACCGCGCCGUGCACGAGGCAACAACGCCCCCGUAUACAACCUUGCGAGAUUGACCGGCACCUAUGUGCAUGGCAAACGCGCCUCGAAAGGUGACAUUGUUCUCCAGAAAAAGCGGAAACCGAAAGGCAGAAAGCUACAGGCUCUACUAGCCCAGCAGGCUCUCGAAGCUGAGCAGGCCGCUCAAGCCGCGCUGCUGCUAGCCUUUCAGGGCAAAACUCCUGCAGAGCCUGCCGCAAACAUCCCAUCUGUUGAACCAGCCAACCAGGAAACCGACAAGCCCGACUCGAACGCGCCCGUAGACGCGCCCGCGAUCCCGCCUGUCCACGCGCCCGUAGCCCCCGAGACCACGAUCACCGAGCCCACGAUCUCCGAGUCCACGAUUCCCGAGUCCACGAUUCCCGAGCCCCCGAUCGCCGAGCCCACGAUCUCCGAGCCCACGAUUCCCGAGCCCACGAUUCUCGAGCCCACGAUCGCCGAGCCCAUAAUUCCGGAACCCACGAUCGCCGAACCAACGAUUCCGGAAUCCACGAUCCCUGAGCCCGAGAUCCCCAAAGUCGCUGCUAGUCCCGACCAGCAUGGCGCCGCUCAACCACCCGACGCUCCAGCCGACGAAAGUCGCGUGGAUCACGAGAGUCUCGACGCGUCGAUGGAUGAAGCGCCGCUUGAAUUCCCUACAGAUACCGUCGAACUGAGCACGACGACAGACGCCGAUACCGCGCAAACCAUCCACCCCUACAUCAGCGACACGCUGGCUCCCGCCCUACCAGCCGAUGUUCCCAACCAUAUUCCUCCUAUCGCGCCCAGCGCAACCACAAAGCCUAGCACAAGGGGAGCCAAGGCAACCAAUAAGGACGUUGUCAAGAGGCCUGUUGGGAGACCAAGGAAAAGCACGGCGACAAAUGCAGGCAAAGCAACCAGGAGAGCCAUGGCCAAAACAGCCAAGACCAGGACCGCCACCGCCGAGGAAGCCCAACUUGAUGUCGAGAAAGAAGCGGAGCCAAGCAGCACCGAAGACGGACAAACAGGCACAUGGGAAGAUGUCCCAGAAGAAACAAAUGGAGAUGUACAAACAAGCCCAGCCAAACGAGUCAAAGCAGUCAAAGCGAAGGGAGUCAAAACAGCCAAAGGCAAGGUAACGAAAGCUGGGACGAUCAAAGCCUCCGCCGUCGUCCCUGCUACGCGCAGAGCGACGCGUCAUUCGGGUGUCCCCGUUGAAGACCCUCUCUUUUCAUUGAUACCACCGGCACCGCCACUGGGCAAAAAGACCAAGAAGACUGCCGAGCCUGCUUUAACUCGUGUUCCACGCGAGCUGAAGCGCUUACGAGAUACGAACGAAUUCGUUGGCAUCGACACCCGUCCAAUUCGGUACUCUGUUUGGAGCAACGGAAAGUACAUCGAGGUAACCGAGGACAGUGAGCCCACUGCACCAGCAAAGAAGAAGGCCAGGGUUGAGAGCAGCACAGCCACAGUACGCGAAGAGAAGAAGGAGAAGAUGGUGGAACCGGAGGCUCCGAUAAACACCGAAUCUUCUCGUCCAGUUGUCCAGCAAAAGCGCGUAAAGAAGUGGCUCAAUAAGGGUCUCUACGCUGGCCAGCAGGCGCCUGAGGACGUCAGAGAAAGCCUCACUAAGCAAGAGAGGAAGAAGCUCCUGGCUAUCCCAGAACUCGCAAAGAGUAGCCCGCCGAAUAACGUCCUUCCACUACCAAUCUUCAACGGACUACGGCUGCUCAUCACAGGUCGUGAUUUCAAGCUACCGUUUGAUGUCUGCCAUCCAUUACCUCCUGGACAGCCCAAGCCCGCCGCAUACCGCACCAUGACAAAGAACCGUUUCAUCGGCCAGGCCGCGGCAAUUUGGAAGAAGACUCCUCACUUUGAGGAUUUUGCUUCCAAGUGUGUAUGUACGCCUGAAGACGGAUGCGCACAAGACUGCCAGAAUCGGGUCAUGCUGUACGAGUGUGAUGAGACAAACUGCAACGUCGGCAAAGAGUUCUGCCAAAACCGAGCUUUCCAGAUGCUCACAGAAAGAACCAAGCAAGGAGGUCGUUACCGCGUAGGUGUUGAGGUCUUCAAGACCGAAGACAGAGGAUAUGGUGUGCGUAGCAACCGCUGCUUUGAACCCCACCAGAUCAUUAUGGAGUACACAGGCGAGAUCAUUACCGAUGAGGAGUGUGAACGUCGAAUGAAUGAGGAGUACAAGAACAACGAGUGCUACUACCUCAUGUCAUUCGACCAAAACAUGAUCAUUGACGCAACUACCGGUAGUAUCGCGCGGUUCGUCAAUCAUUCAUGCUCCCCUAACUGUCGCAUGAUCAAAUGGAUCGUCUCUGGGCAGCCGAGAAUGGCGCUUUUUGCGGGUGACCGCCCCAUCCAAACUGGCGAGGAGCUAACGUACGACUACAACUUUGACCCCUUCUCCGCUAAGAACGUGCAGAAGUGUUUGUGCGGUGCGCCCAACUGCCGAGGCGUCCUUGGGCCCAAACCCAAGGAAGUGAAGCCGCCCAAGCCUCCGAAGGCAGAGGGUAAGGGCAAGAAAAAGGCUGUGAAAAGGAAGCUUCAAGAGCUCCUAGCCAAUAGGGUGAUUGUAGAGGGCGAUGAAAAGUCACCGAAGAAAUUGAAGGUCGCCAAGUCGACCGAAGAUACGGCAAAGGGAGCUGCAACAUUUUUGUCGCGAAAGGUCUCUAAGGUGUCUGUUAGCGCCAAGUCCAAGGCCGCUUCGGCAAAGACCAUCAAGACAUUCGCCCGGAAGGUCAGCAUUGCGUCGACGAAGGUUGUCAAAUCUUUUUCGAAGGGUGCCGCGGCGAAGAGCAAGAUGAUCACGCUGAAAGCUCCGACAAGGGGUUCUAACUUGACCAUAGUCGCAGCUGAUUCAGGCGGCUCGAUCACAGCGGCAGGAACGACGGAGGCUGAGGAGGAGGUAGGAAACAAAGCUUCCAGGGCAGCCAGGGCAACUCCCAAGAACACGCCCAGGGCUAAGAAGACGGCAGACGCUGUUCAGGAAACGCCUGCUGCUGCAGAAGAUGACGGCGGCUCAGUUUUCGAUGUACCGUCGUCUUCGUCCGCGAGGAAACGCGCCCCUUCCUGGAAAGUGCGCGACUCUGGCGUUAAGAACGUAUCGUCUCUUUUUAAGAAAGCAAGGAAAUCACCAGUCAAGAGCAAGGACACUGCCAGUCCAGCGGCCACGUCUACGGCAGUCACCAAGGUCGUUAAAACGCGCAAGGCUAGCACGUCGGCAAAGGUCACAAAACCGGGCAAGGCGAUGCCGAAGCUGACUGUCGCCAUGAAGACGGGCAAGUCCGUAACCAAGACCACGGCAUCAAAAUCUGGCAAGGGAUCGGUCAGCACUAAGAGUGCGACUAAGAUUCGCCUCGUUAGCAAGCCGGCCGAUGGCCAGGACGAAAAUGCCGCUCCCGAGCAGGUCGAGGCCUAA